AUGCUGCCCGCAGCGCCCCCGGCGGCCGUCAGUGGUACAGCGAGGGCGGCGCCCAGCGAAAUGCUCGACACGUGCGUGCCUAAACUUAAGAACUGGAGGCGUUGGAUCCGACCGUUAGUGCUGACCCUCUAUCUGCUGGCCGUGGUCGUGACCAUCCCCCUGGGUGUGUGGCACCUGCAGAAACUGGAAGUCAGUAUCCACACCAAGGCGUGGUUUAUCGCCGGGAUCUUCGUGCUGUUCACCAUCCCCGUGACCUUCUGGGAGAUUUUGCAGCACUUGGUGCACUACACGAGGCCCGAGCUUCAGAAACCCAUCAUGAGGAUCCUCUGGAUGGUGCCCGUGUACAGCAUAGACAGCUGGGUGGCUCUUAAGUAUCCGUCCAUCGCCAUCUACGUGGACACCAUGCGGGAGUGUUACGAAGCGUAUGUCCUCUACAACUUUAUGAACUUCCUAUUCAACUACUUGAAGAGCCAGUACCCCAACCUGGAAGCUAUGAUGCAAGGCAAAGAGAAGACGCAGCCCCCCAUACCCUUCUGCUGCUGCCCGCCCUGCCCCGUGGGAGAGGUGUUGCUGUACCGGUGCAAGCUGGGAGUGCUGCAGUACAUCCUAAUCAGGCUGAUCACCACCUACGCCGCCGUGAUCUGUGAGAUAUUCAAGGUGUACAGUGAAGGAACCUUCAGCUUGCACAGAGCCUGGAUGUAUUUGGUCAUCAUCAACAACGUGUCCCAGUUCUUUGCCAUGUAUAGCCUCCUGAUAUUUCAUAAAGCCCUGAAAGAGGAGCUGAGGCCCAUCCAGGCAAUAGGAAAGUUCCUUUGUGUGAAGCUUGUCGUUUUUGUCACAUUCUGGCAAGCAGUGUUGAUUGCUUUGCUGGUGAAAUUUGGUGUAAUUUCCCAGAACUCCACCUGGGAGUGGCAGACAGAAGAGACAGUGGCCACGGGGCUGCAGGACUUUAUCAUCUGCAUAGAAAUGUUCAUUGCCGCCAUAGUCCACCACUACACCUUCUCUUAUGCCCCUUAUAUGGGAGACGAAGAACGAGGAACAUGUUGCUCUUUGUUCCUAGAAAUAUGGGAUAUCUCUGACAUCAAAAGUGACAUUUCUAAGCAGGCGAAGAACAUUAGCAAAACGUUAAGGGGGAAAUCAAAAAGUAAAACUGUUCCAAUGGACGAAGAUGAGCAAUUCAACCUGUUGUCUUCGUCACCAGACACUUCAGUCACUUCUUCCACAUCACUGCCACACAUUGGUAGUCACCAAGAGCUUGAAGAAGUCCUGGUAGAAUAG